AUGCCUGCGGAAGAUCACCCAGCUCAAAGAGCACCCGCGACACUACUCAACCUAAGGUUUCCAAGUUUAUGCGAUGAAACCACCGAUGUAUAUGUAGACGGAGCGUGCACCUACAACAAAAGAGGAGAACCAGAAGGCGGGAUAGGCGUAUGGUUCGGCCACGAUCAUCCGUGGAAUAUAUCUCAACCCGCCACAGGGAGACAAACGAACAACGCCGCAGAAAUCCAAGUCGCCGCAAUAGCUGCAGGAAAAGCAAGUGAAAAUGAUAUUAGCAAACUACGAAUAAACUUGGACUCAAAGUUCCUUAUCGACAGUUAUAAUAAAUGGAUCCCACACUGGUAA